CAAAGAUAAACAAAUACAACAACAACAGUAUUGAAAUAGAUUUCAUCUACAGGAUUGCUUGACACACAUAACUACAAAAUGGCAGAAAAUAUAUAUUUGACUGGUUAUGCCAAAUUAGGGACGUCAAGUUGUAAAAAAUGUAAACAGAAGAUUGAUAAAGGAGCUCUAAGAAUAGCAAAACUUGUCUCAAAUCCAUUCUCCGAGGAUGCCGGGGACAUGAAACAAUGGUUUCAUCCUGAUUGCGUGUUUGAGACAUUUGUACGUGCACGAGCUACAACAAAGAAGAUCGAGGAUCCCGAUGAUUUAGAAGGAUUUUCCGAUUUAGAACAGGCUGACAAAGAUGCCAUUCUUAAACUAAUCAAAG